ACUCUUUUUCCCUAUCGGCUUUUAGAACGAAGAGUGUGCCCCGCAUGAGCGUUUUUCGGAGAGAGGGGAAGAGCGGGAGACACAGAAUCGCGCGCGGUGUAUGUACACCCUGUUCUCAACGGAUUCGAAGUCGCCUUCCCCCGGUUUGCUGCCCGCAGGCUCUCUUGUUCACUUUCUUUCCGGUUUCUCGCGAGGCGUUGGACAGGGGACUCGAGGCCCGUCAGUUUCGCGCGUUUUCCUGUUUUCGUUUUCCUCAAAAUGGCAAAGAAAGCGAAGAAGUCCGGCAGUGAGGGGAUCAACUCCCGCCUCCAGCUGGUCAUGAAGAGCGGCAAAGUCAACCUCGGGUGCAAGACGGCCAUCCACGCUCUCCGCACUGGCAAAGCGAAGCUCAUCAUCAUCAGCAACAAUUGCCCUGCUCUCCGCAAGUCCGAGAUCGAGUACUACGCCAUGCUCUCCAAGUGCGGCGUCCACCACUACCACGGAGACAACAACGAGCUCGGCACUGCGUGCGGGAAGCUCUUCCGCGUGAGCUGCUUGGCUGUGACUGACCCGGGCGACUCGGACAUCAUCCGCUCGGUGGAGUAAAUCCGAAAGUCGCCAAGUCUUCUGAGACAACUGCAUGCGCCGCACUUCCUUGGUGGGGUGUGCAGGACUGUGGAGUUCGUCGGUCGUCUUUUGGGGUGUUGGUGGCGGCUGCAAGCGCGAGGGACGGAGCGAAUUGUCAGUUCCUGUCUCCGUGAAAAGGGAAGUGAGAGGCGCGCUCCUCAGCUCCUGUGUCGAUCUGUCGGACUCGAACCCGCGUUGAAGUUUCUGUCUUCUCUGAACUCGGCUGCUCUUCGUCAGCUUUCCAUCUCCUUUCUCCGGGGUG